AUGGACGAAACCAAAGAAUCCCAGGAGGAAAAGGCGUCUCUUUUUCUUGCGACGCUUGUUCCCCAAGAGCAUGACAAUACAUCAGGAGCUGCGCUUGCAGCCGAGGCAAUGCGUAAAAUACAAGAUGCAGUUGCUGCUGCCAACGGCUACAUUUGGCAUCGCGAAGUGCCCAUAGCUACUGCAGAAAUGGACGGCGCGCCACACGGGACAGUGCAGAUCUCGAUGCGAACGAAUGGCACGGUCGAGGAUGAAUGGUUCAUGACGUAUAUACUGACCAACUUGACCGUAUCGUAUCCAGGCUUGUGCGUCCAAGUUGAAGACGAAGAUGGCGAGUUUCUCUUGAUUGAGGCGGCGGACGUGCUCCCUGCUUGGGUCGCACCCGCAAAUGCCAAGAACCGUGUUUGGAUAUACGAUGGCGCUAUGCAUUUGAUUCCCCUACAAUACAAAACAGGCGGCACCGAACAAGAGCCGGUGCUGAGCAUUGCGGACGCCGUAAGGAUUGUGCGCGACCCACAGGUGGAUACGGGCGCCUCGCAAGCACUGCAGGACGCUGCAUUUAGCCGAUUAAAAACGUAUCCUCAGAAAGCGCGUACGUUGCAGCAUUACACGCUUGCAUUUCUUCCUAUCAGUGCGGCAAAUGCGCUGUGCACACAUCCUCAGAUAGUCGCCGACGCGAUCCACGCAAUAUCGACGCGCGAUGUCGUCACUGUGCGAAGCUUGCAACGCCUCAAAAUGUUUGCCUUACCCAAGGAUGCAUCGCUUUCUGGCUUGCCCGUCAAAGGCAUCUGCCUUGUACGCCUACACAUGACACGGCAUUUGUACGCCCAGCUCUUGCACGAUAACUUUUUUCCGCCCAAGGCAUUUGGCACGGCGUGGCAAAAGGCCGUCGAAAAAUACCGUCUGUAUACCCACGCAGAGAAGCGAUCUGCAUCAAUUACGGAGGAAGAGGCCAUUUAUGGCCGCUGGUACGACCUCGGAGCAAAGCUAACCGCGGGAUUGGAAAUGCUCGCCGAGCGUUGGAAUGCACAUCGCAUGGCUGCUAGUUCAACAUCCUCAUACUCUUUGUCGUCCUCCGCGCAUGCACAGUUGCUUUCAAGACUUACACAUCUGGGUUAUUUUGGCGACGAGGUGCAAGGAAGCGCGCGGUGGAAUGCACUGGAAAAAGAAGCGGUGCGCGUUGCAUCGCAGCUGCACAAACCCGGUGAAGGAGAAGCGGCAUUGCUAUGGGAAGUCUUGCACAGCGCGGCGACAUCGCCCAUGCUGGAUGCUGUGCGCAGUCUGCUCGUUCCUACAGACAAUAUAAAUGCUAUGCGGAAAGCCGAGGAUGCGCAAGACUGGCUUGCACAAUUGCCGGAAGAACUUACGUCCAUUGCACAGCCUGGCAAUGAUCCAGCAGAACAAACAAUGGGCCGCUUAAACGCAUUCACGGAAAAAAUGCAUCAGUUUAUGGAAGGACAAGGCGAUCUGGAGGGUGCGCUCGUAAAUGACGAGCUUUUUGAGGAUGGUGAAGAGGCCGGCGCUGACGUGGACUCUGAUUCGGAUACUUCGCUCUCGAAAGAGGAACGGCAGCAGCGUAUGGAUGCAUUGGUGCCUCCUUUGGCUGCGUCCGAAUGGGGCGCAAAAAAUGCGGAACAGCACGCGUCGGAGGAGAGGAAGCAAACAUCGACGUCUAUGACGUUUUCUACAUCGAAGGAUCUGGGCCGUGGUCAACAGCCGAGAUCGUUGCUUGGGUUCAGCAGCGGUGUGCAUUAUGAAGGGGAUAGCGACUCGGGAGAAUCACUAGAGGAUGACCAAGGCGAUGAAGCCGAGGCGCGUGCAAGGCGCUAUGAAAUGCUUGGCAUUAAUGCUGACGAUGCUGAAGACGAUAUUGACGCGGAAAUUGCGGACGGAAUGGAUAAUUUCCUCGAAUUUACGCGUAAAGAGCUGGGUCUCAAUGAAGAGCAGUAUGCACAGAUUUUGGCAGACCGGCGCGAGCAUGGAGGCACGUACAGAGUCAACUUACCUUUAGCAUUUGUGCCGCCUAGAAAAGAAAGCAAGCGUGCGCACCACACUUUGCCUGAGGAGCGCACAGCACAAGCAGCGACGCAGUCUUCCAAUGCGAAACUCGACUCUUUUGACGCGGUGCUCGAAGCGAUGGAAAAGGAGCUUGGACACAACCUUGUACAUGCUGAUAAUCACGACCACUCCCCUGACAUGGAAGUUGACGAAGAACUCACCGCCGAGGAUGAAGAGCUUUUACAACAUUUGCUAGCGUCUGGCGGGGCGCUCCCUGAAAGUCUGCGCCAUUUCGCGGAGGCGCAAGAAGCCAGUGAUACAGAUAUGGAAAUGCUAUCCAACUUUUUGGAGAGUUUUAAAGCGCAGCACGGCCGUCCCGGCCCCGUAGGCACACUCGCAAGCCGUCUCGGCACCGGCGGCCUGCCCACCGACACGGACAAGUAA